AUGUCUCCCUCGCUCGUCACAAUAGACAACACUCCAGACUUCGACUUCGCCGCCGACUUCAACCCCGCCCCCACCAAGAAGAAUGUCAUCACCGCCACAACAACACACCGCGCCCUCCUCCUCGCGCCGCCCUCCAUAGCUGCACAAGGCACUAGCGCCCUCCCCACCUUCGACCGCGACACCACCGACCUGCAGAUGCUCGACCGCCUCUAUGCCGGCCUCGUCACCCUCCCCGCCGCCACCUACGACCUCGUCCUGCUCCUGACAGGCUCCGACGGCGCCAGGCACGCCGAGGCGUCCGGCCUGCUUUCGCGCGAGGUCUUCGCUUCACUCGUGGCCGCCAUGAAGUCCGGCGCCUCGCUCAAGACCCAGGACGGCAGGUUCGACACCCCAGAGACAAGGGAGGCGGUGCUCGCGGGGCUGGUGCACAAGGACGGCGGCUACGAGAAGGUUGAAGAAGAGGAGGUCGUCGUGCCGCUGCGGUUCGGGAAGAAGAAGACAACGCCAGCGGAGUCGCAGCAGAAGAACGGAAAUGGCAACGUGCACAGCUCUGCCGGACCGGCGGUGGACAAGGUUACAAUUGAUGUUGCUGGACAGCCAAAGACGCUAGAUAUGGUGCCUCCCGCGGUGAAGCCUGUCGCGGGCGUUGGCUUCGACUUUGGCGACGAAUUCGAUGAUGACGACGAGUUGAUCGACGAGGAUGAGCUCAUGACAGAGGAGGACUUGAACCGACCUGUGCAAAUGCCCCCAGAGUGCAAGCCCGAGCCCGGCAAGAAGCGCCGCGCCUGCAAGGACUGCACGUGCGGCCUGGCGGAGCGCAUCGAGGCGCAGGACAAGGCGCGGCGCGAAAAGGCGGACCGAGACCUGAACACGCUGAAGCUCAAGUCGGAGGACCUCAACGAGCUCGACUUCACGGUGCAGGGCAAGACGGGCAGCUGCGGCAGCUGCGCCCUGGGCGACGCGUUCCGCUGCUCCGACUGCCCCUACAUCGGGCUCCCGCCCUUCAAGCCCGGCGAGGAGGUCACCAUCCUGAACAACGUGGCCCAGUUCUGA